GUUCCUGCUAUCCCGAAUCACCCCUCGCUCCGAGCGCCGGCACAGAAAGACCCACAGCGGGGCCGGGCCGGGCAGGCGGCGGCCGCGGGGCCGGGGCCGCCCCGGAGCAUGCGCGGCGGCCUCUCCCCUUCCGGCCCGCGGCAGGAUGGCGGCGCCCGUGCCCGCCGCCCGCUGCCUCCGAGCCGCCGCCGCGCUGCUCCUGGGCUGCUGCGGGGCCGCGCUCGCCGCCAGCUUCCAGGAUCAAGCAGAGCAGUUCUUUAGAAGUGGACAUACAAAUAACUGGGCAGUUUUGGUGUGCACAUCUCGAUUCUGGUUUAAUUAUCGUCAUGUGGCAAAUACUCUUUCAGUCUACAGAAGUGUCAAGAGACUGGGAAUUCCUGAUAGUCACAUUGUCCUGAUGCUGGCAGAUGACAUGGCAUGUAAUCCCAGGAACCCCAAACCGGCUACUGUGUUUAGUCAUAAAAACAUGGAGCUAAAUGUCUAUGGAGAUGAUGUGGAAGUGGAUUACAGAAGCUAUGAGGUUACCGUUGAAAAUUUCUUGCGUGUAUUAACAGGAAGAAUCCCACCAAGCACACCUCGAUCUAAACGUCUCCUUUCUGAUGACAGAAGCAAUAUUCUAAUAUAUAUGACAGGUCAUGGUGGAAAUGGUUUCCUAAAAUUUCAAGAUUCUGAAGAAAUCACAAAUGUAGAACUUGCUGAUGCCUUUGAACAAAUGUGGCAGAAAAGAAGGUACAACGAACUGUUGUUUAUUAUUGAUACUUGUCAAGGAGCAUCCAUGUAUGAACGAUUUUAUUCACCUAAUAUAAUGGCCUUGGCUAGCAGCCAAGUAGGAGAAGAUUCUUUAUCACAUCAGCCUGACCUUGGGAUUGGCGUUCAUCUUAUGGACCGAUAUACUUUCUAUGUGCUAGAGUUCUUGGAAGAAAUUCAUCCGGCCAGUCAGACAAAUAUGAAUGACCUAUUUCAGGUCUGUCCCAAGAGUUUGUGUGUUUCCACACCUGGGCAUCGAACUGAUCUUUUUCAACGGGACCCUCAAAACGUUCUGAUAACAGACUUCUUUGGCAGUGUGAGAAAGGUGGAAAUUACGACAGAGACAAUUUCCUUGGACCGGGACUUAGCUGGUUUUGAAAGCAAGCUUCCGAAGGAUGAGUUGGCAACAGAACCACUAAAAUAUGCUGAACAACUUCCUGUAGCUCAGAUAAUACACCAGAAACCGAAACAAAAGGACUGGCAUCCUCCUGGAGGGUUUAUUUUAGGACUCUGGGCAUUAAUCAUCAUGGUUUUCUUCAAAACAUAUGGGAUCAAGCACAUGAAACACAUCUUCUGAAUCGAAGCAAGCAAGAUGAUGGCAUUGACUGCAACUUUGGAUUCAUUGGUGUUACCCGAGUGCUCUGAAUGUGUGUUAUGGAUGUGAAAACCAGUGUUGGGAUCUUGCUUCUAAAGGUUCUUUUGAAGUCACCCCUUCUGCCCCUCUUUUUGAAGAGUCAGUGGCUUUGAUGUUAGACUUUUGUACUUCGUUUUAUUUUAAACAUAUUUUAAUGCUUUUCCGAGCAAUUUUUUUUUUUUCUGGUUGAAAUAAAAAAAAAAAAAAAGAGAGGAGACCUCAACACAAUAAAAAAAUUUUUGAGGUUGAUUGUAAAUGGGCAAAUUCUUUCCCCUGCACUUCAAAGUAAAUCUUACAAGUAGUCAACCUAUCACUAAAGAACUAGACAUUGUGCAGACUGUUAUUUAAGAUGUCAUUUCAUCAAUAAAAACUUAAGCCACUUUGCAGACUUUGGCAUGACAUAUUGAAAGCUUUAUUCACAAAAAUAAAAAUACUCUGUAUUGAUUUUUUUUUUUUAUUAUUAUUCUUUUUUCUUCCUUGUUAAGUACAACCCUUAGAUCAGACCUUUCACCUUAGGCAGUUUUGAGUCUGGGAUUCUAUGAGUUGGUGAAAGUAAAAAAAAAAAUAUAAGAUGACCGCACUGAAUCUACUUCAAAAAAUGGUAAAAAAAGUGAAAGUAUGACUUCACCAUGCCCGUUAGGAACCCUUCAUAGAUGUUGUAAGUUCACUGCAUACAAUAUGGACUUGGAUGCUUCCAGGAUUUUUAGUGCACUGGAUUUCUGCACAGAGGAAAAUUGACUCUGGCAUCAGGAUGAAAAAUGUUAUAAAUGGUACUAUUGUAUUCUGUAGUUUCUGAGCCCUAGGAAAAUAAGCUUUAUCACUUAGGUGUUGUAAAUUCUGUUUUGGUAUAUUGAUUUGUUCUAUUUGGCGAUUUACUGAUGAAUGUAUGCUAAAAGGGAUUGUCUAUAUAAUAUACUCACUGAAGUGAAUUUGUGCAUGCAUAGAAACAAGGAGAAGCUUUUGCAGUAUACUUUUGGAAUUUGUUCUUUAGCUUAAUCGUAAUAAAGCUUAUGUGAUGCAUUCAUGGUGUAAAUGCUAUAUACGUACCUCUAGAAGUUAUUAGGAAUUAU